AUGACUGAACAAACAUUAGAAACCACAAGGAUUACCACAACUGAAAAAGGAAUCACCUAUGAUGUUAGUCAUCCUUAUCACCUUAACAGUUCUGAUAACCCAGGAAUGACUCUAGUCAAUACCAAAUUUGAUGGAAGAGGUUAUUCUAGGUGGAGGAGAUCCAUUCUCAUUUCAUUGUCAGCUAAGAGAAAACUUGGUUCCAUCAAUGGAUCCUGUAAGGUUCCAGAUCUGAGCUCAACUAAAUAUGAGAAAUUGUCUUAUGUCAAUGAUAUGGUGAUAACUUGGAUCUCAAAUGCACUGUCCAAAGAUAUUGCUGAUAGUGUCAUUCACUCAAAAACAGCAAAGGAUUUUUGGGACAGUCUUGAACAUAGAUUUGGUAAGUCAAAUGGAGCCAAAUUAUAUCAUCUGCAAAAGAAGAUUACUAGGUUAGUACAAGGAAACAUUGAUGUUGCAGGAUAUUUUACUAAGCUCAAAAGAUUAUGGGAUGAGCUAGAUGGUAUCAAUGUCAUUGUGUGCUGUACUUGUGUGUGUGUUUGUAAAGGAAAAAAGAAACUCACAAAAUCAUUAGAAGAUCAGAGACUAAUUCAGUUUUUGAUGGGUCUCAAUGACAUUUACACUCAGGCAAAGAGGAAAUAUACUCAUUGUUGA